UAUGAUUAUGUAAGAAUAACUAAAUCUUUUAACGAACUUACUGGUGGCUGCCUGGGACCUCUUUUCGUUUUUAUAAGUGUAGUUUAAACUUCAAAGAAGGAAAAAAUGUCUUAUUUUGAUGAACAUAACUGUAGUGAAGACGAAAGAGAAAAUUAUAAUCAUGAUUAUAAUACAGAUCUUCUUACGCUGGCCAGAGUGUUUAUGCAAGGUGAAGGACUCAUUGAUAAUGAUAUAGACAGCUUUACUGAAGAUCUUAAAGGUCCACCAGCAUCAAAGAGAGUGGUCAAACAAUUACCUAAGAAACAAUCAAGAAACACAGCCAUAGGAAAGUUGCCUUGCCCUAUUUGCUUGGAAAAGUAUGAGAAAGAAGAAAUGUACGUUCAAUUGCCAUGUGAUCACAAGUUUCAUGAAACUUGUAUUAUGCGUUGGCUGGAACAGACUAACUCUUGUCCAGUUUGCCGUUAUGAAUUGCCCACUGAUGAACCCGAGUAUGAAACUGUACGUUUGGAAAAAGAAAGAGCAAGGCAACAUGUUUUACGUGUCAAAUCAUUACAUGCUGGAAUGUAUUGCUGAAUUAUUAUAACAAAACUCCUUAUAGUAACUUUAAAAUGAAACCGUGAUGUGAUUGCAUUUAAUCACUCUAGUUACCAGUCUACCACACCAUUUACUGACAUGGAUGGAUUUGUAAAUAUUUGCUUGUGACAACUUUGAUUAAAAACAAUCAGCUUAAAGAAUUAGCCUGAAAAAAACAUUUACUUUUUCAAAAAGUUCUCAAACAAAAAUAAGUUUGAGCAAGGUAUAAGAAUAAUAGAAUAUUUUCCUUAUAAAAAGUUAAUGGUAGGAUAAUGUGCCAAAGUAGGAAAGUUUUUUAUUGGAUUUAAACAAUAAUUUUGGGAAGAAUAAAUAUAACUGAUUUGUACAAUAUGAUUUAACAUUUAUUAUUAAUAAAUGGGUAGAUUAUGAACAAAGACAAA